AUGCAUUUGACAACCGUUGUUGCCUCGGCAUUGUUGCUUUUGGCUGAAGCCGACAUGAUCUCGGCCAAGGCCAUUUUGCAUCUGCCCAACUCGAUCAGAAGGAGAAGUGCCUGGGGAGAAGGUAUCGAGAGAGAGGUCGACAGGAUUCUUCGACGAGAACCGCAAUCCUCGACCGGCUCUCUUUCGGUGGCGGCACCGACGAGCGCAUUGAACCAAACAAUCUCGACAGCUUGCAUCAAUAGUCUCCAGUCACUCACCUCGGUCCAGAACGCCGCCGGCCUCGCCGCGUGCUACAACAUCCUGCAAUACGACAGCAAGCAAGGCGCCUUCGAGGCCGAUCUCCGGCUCUACCAGAUGUUCCAGCCAACGGGCAACUUCCAGAAUGUGCCCAUCAACGACAUCAUGAUCAGCUUGACGUACCCAACCAGCACCACGUUCCAGUCUCUGACAAAGCGGAGGAAGCGAGAUGUGGAGGCUCGACAAAGCAGCAGCAGCAUGGCCGAAGUGCAACAAUAUACCCUCUUCGGCACAUUUGAGGCGAAUCUGAAUCUCGCCAUGCUGAACGACACUCAAGUCAUGUCGCUGAUGCUGCCGGACAUCAAGCUGAACGCCGCCACGGACUCGCAAACGCCUAUCAUGGCCAACAUCAGUGCCGCCGACGGCGCCUGGUUCGUGGUCGGGGCAUUCAAGGACGAAUUCAAGAAUAGCCUUGUCAGUUCUUCGGUGGCCACCGCCGCAAUCGCCGCGGCAGUUCCCUUCGUCCUGCCCGGAAGGCACCUGGGCAUUUUCCCCACGGGGUUGAUCGUCACCUGUUCCUGGACAGUCCUGUUCCUGCUGGCCUAUGGACUGGGUACCAUUGGCCGCAUCCAAUAUAGAAGUGUGUAUAGAAAGAGAAAGGCGGCUCAGGCCGGUCGAACUGGCAAGAGGAUAUAG